GAUGUAAACACAGAGACACGGAAGUUUAGCAUGGUGGCUAACACAGAAUUCGAGCUGUUUAUUGUGUUAUAAUUUACAGCGUUUAAUUAAUAUAUGUUGUGUUAUUUAUUUAUUAUAUUAUAUCUGCUGAUCCUGUAUCUAGUGGUUUAGUUAAAGCGGAGGAUAAUGGAGGAGUUCAGCACUACAGUGAGAAUAUCAGGAUUAGUUCUGAGUUCAUUAAUGUUCCAUCAUCUCAACACAGAUUCUGAUCUGGAGGGUCUGAUCCUGGGCGAGAGCGUCGGGGAGGAGAAGAGCAAAAUCACCGACUCACAGACGGAUCACAUCCAGUUUGUGCACAACAUAAACGUUCAGAAACACAUCACGUGCAGGAGGACUCACAGCUUCUACAACAAUGCGUGUGAGGUGGAUCAGGAGAAGCUCCAGCAGGUUCUGUCCAACCUCAAAGAGGAGAACGUGGUCGGAUGGUACAGACAGAGACGGAACAGCAGUCAGCAGAUGUCGUUCAAGGAGCAGCUGGUUCAUCAGAGUUUGAGAAGAGCGCUGCCGUAUCAGGAGCUGGUGUUCAUGCUCCUCACGCCGUCCGAGGCCACGGCGUCGGGCUCCACGCACCGCCUCGAGUACACCGCCUUCAUCUGGAGCGGCAGUCGGUACAGCAGCGUCCCGGUGUCGGUGAGUAACCUGGGCACCCUGGAGCAGCAGGAUUACUGGAGGGUCUCCUCCACGUGUCCCUCACUGAGCCACUGUCGGACUGUACAGCAGCACAGAUCCAAAUUCUUCUCCUCAGGUGAGGACCUCAGUGAGGUGGAGAAGGUCAGCGACAUGAACGACGCCCUGCUGGAUGAAAUGAAGGGUGCGUGUGUGAAGGUGGAGAAGAGUGAACGGCGGGUGGAGAAGCUACAGGCCGAAAUCGCUCAGCUCAGACACGCCAUCAGAGGGAAGAAGGAGGAACAGCAGCAGGGUCAAACUGCAGAAGGUUCCACGGCGGCAGAAGAACCCGGCGAGAACGUCCUGCUGUGCACGGCUCUGAGGACGUUAUUCCCGAGCUCGGCGGCGUUCCGGACCCGUACCCUGAGCGUGCGGGGGUUCCCCGUGUUGGAGAUGUGCUGCAGGGCGGAGCACCGCGUCGACGUCUCCGCCCGCCUCCCGCUUCUCCUGCAGCGGCACCCCGUCAGAAACAAGAGGAGGAGGAGCGGAGGGUCCGGGACCAGGGGGAGAGCUCAGACCCCGGGGUCUUCGGUCAGGAGUAAGAGGAGAAGGAACGGGACGGACUCGAGCGACGGCGCGUCCGGCGGCGGGUCGGAUACGGAGGUGGAGGGGAGCAGCCCCCACGCCAGCGGCUCUCCUGUGUUUUGAUGCUACUGUUGAAGCUAAUGUGUCGAGUUCUGUGGUGAUUUUGAAUAAACGUUUUUAGCACCGUGAAA